CAUUCCUCAUUCCUCUCUCCUCAUUCUCCCUUCAUCGCCGAGAAUAAAGAAUGUUUUCGUUCCACUCGCAUUCAGGCCAGUUUUGUAUGCACGCCAAGGGCACGCUCGAACAGGUCGUACAGUCCGCUAUCGAACGACGCUUCACGACCUAUGGCCUCUCCGAGCAUAUGCCUCGCUAUAGUCCCGAUCAGCUCUAUCCGGAAGAGUCCCAUCUGACAACCCAGGACCUCGAGAGAAAGUAUGACCAAUUCCUACAGGAAGCUAUAAGACUCCAGCAAAAAUACAGCGACAAGAUCUGUCUCCUGAUCGGUCUCGAGACCGAAUACUUUGACUCCAAAUCCAUCGAUCUUGUUCGCAACCUUCGACAGCCCAACCGUCAAAGCCGAUUCUUGACUACAGAAACAGUGGAAGGAAUAUCGAUCUUACCACAAGUCCAGUACAUCGUGGGAUCGCUGCACCAUGUCCGUGGAGUACCAUUGGAUUUUUCACAGGAGUUGUAUCUCAAGGCAUUGGAGGAUGUGGGCCAAGGAUCAUGGGAGAAAUUAUUUGAAAUGUAUUUUGAUUCACAGUUUGAAAUGCUUCAAGGGUUGGAACCAGAGGUCGUGGGACAUUUGGAUCUGGUGCGCAUUUUUUUCAGUGCGAUCAAGGGACACUAUCACCAUCACCAUCACCAUCAGGAGGAUGGAAAUGAGCAGGAACAGGAGCAGGAGGACCCCACAGUUUCGAGCCAGAACAGAUUGACGGACAACCUGUGGAGGCUGGUGAAGCGGAACGUCGAUUUCGUGAUCGCGUAUGGAGGCCUAUUUGAACUCAACUCGCGUGCAUGGAAGAAGGGCCUUGCCGAUGCGUAUCCACAACGUGACAUUUUAGAGUACAUCCUCUCGAAACAAGGAAGGGUGACCUUGUCGGAUGACUCUCAUGGGCCCGAUGACGUCGGCAUGUUUUACGACCCAGAGCUGAAGGGCUAUCUCGAACAGAUGAAGAUCGAGCAGGUGUAUUACCUUGCUCCUAAUAGUAGUGAGCUGAAUCGUCCUUACACCACCAAUGCUUCAGCAGGGACCGGGUCUUUUCAGCAUGUCCAUGUCCGAUCUAUACCCCUGGCAGACUUGCAUUUCUACGAGAAGCAGUAAUAGACCAUUCAUCAUCAUCAUUAUAAUAAACCAGAGAAAAAAUAUGUCAAGUGC